UUUAGUCUGGACACAAUCCUCAAAUUUUUCCGUUUUUUUUAUGCACACGCACACCAACAUAAUUUGCGCACUCCGCCACGCACACUCUUUUAUUUUCCGUAACGUCCAAACUGUCAAACAUUUUUGUUUACGGUUUUCAGUCAAACAUAAAAAAACGUGGUCUGGUGCCUCCCGCAAAGUUUCUUUUUGAUUUAUUGGACUAAUCAAACAUGAUGUUUGUUGAAUGUCACGGAAGGUGGAGGAGGAUUGUUAAGGAUGGUGCGAGCGGGUUCGUCGACGGCGUUCCUCGUUGGAGUCUUCGAUUGGCAGUCCUACGGAUUGACGGGCUGGUCUUGGCUAUCGAAGCGGACGUUUCGUCUAGUGCUGUUGUCCCACUGCUCGCCCUGCAGCGUCGAUCUUGGUCUUACCAUGGCCGUUGAUCUCGAUGGAGCCGCUAUAGCUAUUUUACUUCCGUUUUGGUCCGAAGUGGAACCCACCGCGGAAGUGCUUGUUGACGCCUCAGCCUCAGCGCUCUCCUGAUGACCGGCUUGUCGUCCUCGUGGAUUAGCUCGUCAGUGACCAUCUGUUCCAAAAUUCGGUACGCGACCGACGGCAAGUCCAACAGAACAACGGCCAUGGUCCAACACAACAAUGCACGUUUCGAGGCAUCGCAGCAGGUUGAGCAGCAAGUGGAACGACAAGGCCACUUUGGCGUGACCCCACCAUUCGACGUCCUACUCGUACUUGAUCUACCGGGCCGUUUCCUUCCAUUCCCGCGCCCGUUCCGAGUAACUUGCUUCGCCGGCGACCACCAGUUACCAUGGCCCUUGCCUAUUCUUGGUGUAACCUCGUCCGGACGAGCGUCAACAUUGCGGUGCGGAUCGAUCCGGACCUGAAGCUGACAGAAUGCCGGUGAAGGUUGCCGCUUAGAUUCGUAAAUUUAAGGUAGUUAUUCAAGUUUAUUUAAACAUUUAAACGAAAAAAUUUUACUUAACCUCUAUUCUCCCGCCACAAGGUUUUGAUUAUUGCCCUGGCCGAUGGAACAACCAAUUUGCAGCCGCCCCAUCAAAGGGAUCAAACGACCACCAUAUAUCCUGCGGUGAUGAACAUCAAAUUAAAUCGGAUUGCCCGUUUGCAGCGAAGCAAGGAAUGGACACAAGGGGCGGCCAGAAUCAGUGAUCUUUUGGAGUGCAGGGCUGCUCGAUCGGAACGAGCAUCUCAAUCGUGGCGCGGAUCGAUUGCUGACGACUGGAGCGGCAAUGAAAAAUACUAGAGUAUGCGCUCUAGGAGUCACUGAUGAAACUGAUUCUCUCUGACUUAUAAAAAACAAAAGCAUAUAAAUAAUUGGAUAAAAAAAACAUAACUACAAAAUACAUAACAACAAAAAUUUGGACAAAUGCGAAAAUACAUGAUACAAAAACACAAAUACAAAAAAAACACAGAGAUACGAAAACACAGAAA